UCCCUCUAUGGGGGUCACACUUUCCAAGGAUUUUUCUUUUCCAUUAGAAGCAGAAAACUGAAGGGUCAGAAAUUAUUUUGGAAACCAUAAAAUGUCCUGUGAAUCUGUUGCUCACGAACUGCUGCCGGCUGCCCAUAGACUUUCAGGCUGCUGACUGCCACACCCCAAUCAUCCAGACACUCGGAGGGCAGCGGGGUGAACUCCACCCUAAUCCACCCGCAGGUUCCUGCUCUCUGCUCAGCGCUCAGUAUUGUAUUCAGUCUGUGUGUUAUCUCCUAUAGGUUCUGACUCCAGGAGGAGAAGUCCCCCCGAGAGAUGUCCCCGUCCUCUGUAUUCCCAGGACUGUCCAGAGGAGAAGCUCCCAGAGAACCAUCAGGAUGAAAAUCUGAUGGAUGUUAAGGCUGAGGUUAAAGAUGAAGCAGAAGAGGAGACGGAUUUAUGGGGCAAUCAGCAGGAAAAUCCCUGUGAGAAGCCUGAAGGAAACAUCAUCAUGUUAUCUCUAGAUUAUAAAGAAGAUGAAGACACCAGGCAGCGCUCUUCAGGAGAAAACUUAAUUACCUGUAAUGUACAUCCAGGACUUCACAAUGCAGAGCCAUCAAAUAAUUCCCCCAAGAAUGAGGAACUUUCUAAUGACCAAUCACAGAUUAUCAACCCAAGUCCAAAUCUAUCAUAUAAUCACCCUAAACAUGAGGAAUCUUCUACUGAUCAAUCACAGAUUAUUACUCCAAAUAUAAGGCAGAAACGGGGUAAAAUGUUUAAUUGUGAGGAAUGUGGAAAACAGUUCAGAUGUAAGUCAGAGCUUUCUGUACACAAAAGUCGUCACAAAGGAGAGACGCCGUAUUCAUGUUCGGAAUGUGGGAAAUGUUUUACCAAGAAAUCAUGUCUUGAUCGUCAUAAAAUAAUUCACACAGGAGAGAAGCCAUAUUCAUGUUCAGAAUGUGGGAAAUGCUUUAACCGAAAAUCAAGCCUUGAUCUACAUAAAAGAAUUCACAGAGGAGAGAAGCCAUAUUCAUGUUCAGAGUGUAGUAAAUGUUUUACAGAUAGAUCAUAUCUGCUUGCACAUCAGAGAAUUCACACGGGGGAGAAGCAACAUUCAUGUUCAGAAUGUGGGAAAUGCUUUAACCGAAAAUCAAGACUUAAUCGACAUAAAAGAAUUCACACAGGAGAGAAGCCAUAUUCAUGUUCAGAGUGUGGUAAAUGUUUUACAGAUAGAUCAUAUCUGCUUGCACAUCAGAGAAUUCACACGGGGGAGAAGCAACAUUCAUGUUCAGAGUGUGGGAAAUGCUUUAACCAGAAGUCAAGCCUUGAUCUACAUAAAAGAUUUCACACAGGAGAGAAGCCAUAUUCAUGUUCUGAAUGUGGGAAAUGUUUCAUUGAAAAAAAAGAUCUUACUAAACAUCUCAGAAUUCACACAGGAGAGAAGCCAUUUUCAUGUUCAGAAUGUGGGAAAUAUUUUAGAAAUAAAAACCAUCUUACUACACAUCAGAGAAGUCACACAGGAGAGAAACCAUUUUCAUGUUCAGAAUGUGGGAAAUGCUUUGCCAGAAAAUGCAAUCUUUAUCAACAUAAGAGAAUUCACACAGGCGAGAAGCCAUAUUCAUGUUCAGAAUGUGGGAAAUGCUUUAACCAGACAUCACACCUUGAUCAACAUAAAAGAAUUCACACAGGAGAGAAGCCAUAUUCAUGUUCUGAAUGUGGAAAAUGUUUCAUAGGAAAAAUAGAUCUUACUAAACAUCUCAGAAUUCACACAGGCGAGAAGCCGUAUUCAUGUUCAGAAUGUGGAAAGUGUUUUAUAGAAAAAAAAGGUCUUGCUAAACAUCUCAGAAUUCACACAGGAGAGAAUCCAUAUUUAUGUUCAGAGUGUGGUAAAUAUUUUACAGAAAAAUCAUAUCUGCUUGCACAUAAGAGAAUUCACACAGGAGAGAAGCCAUAUUCAUGUUCAGAAUGUGGGAAAUGCUUUACCCUGAAAUCAAGCCUUGAUCAACAUAAAAGAAUUCACACAGGAGAGAAGCUAUAUUCAUGUUCAGAAUGUGGAAAAUGCUUUAUUAAGAAAUUAAGUCUUGAUCGACAUAAGAGACUCCACACAGAAGAGAAGACAUGAUGUUUUG